AUGGAAAUUACUUUCACUGGGAAUCAAUCUACCAUCACUGAAUUUAUCCUCCUUGGUUUCUCUGAACUCCCAGACCUGCACCUCCUCUUCUUCAUUUUCUCCACCAUUAUUUAUAUAACCAUCAUCCUGGGGAACAUGUUGAUUAUAGUGGCAGUGGUCAGCUCCUCAGGGCUUCACACACCCAUGUAUUUCUUCCUGGUCAAUCUCUCAUUCCUAGAGAUACUCUACACCUCCACAGUAGUGCCCAAAAUGCUAGCAGGUUUCUUGAGGAAGAAGGAGGCCAUCUCUCUAGCUGGUUGCUUACUCCAAUUCUUCAUUUUUGGCUCACUGGCCACAUCUGAAUGCUUCCUUCUGGCUAUCAUGGCCUAUGACCGCUACCUGGCCAUUUGCUACCCACUCCAUUAUACACUCCUGAUGGGAUCCAAGCAGUGUGUGUGUCUGGUAGUCACAGCAUGGUUAACUGGUUUUGUAGUAGAUGGUCUAGUUGUGGUUCUGAUGGCACAGCUGAAAUUCUGUGGCUCCAACCACAUUAACCACUUCUAUUGUGAUUUCAUGCCCAUAGUGGGACUAGCCUGCUCUGACCCUCAAGUGGCACAAGCAACGACAUUCAUCCUCUCUGUAAUCUGCUUGACUAUUCCAUUUGGUUUAAUCUUGAUUUCCUAUGCUCGCAUUCUUAUGGCCGUGCUGAAAGUACCCACGGGGGCCAGCCGAAAGAAGGCCUUCUCUACAUGCUCUUCCCACCUGGCUGUGGUGUCCACUUUCUAUGGGACACUUAUGGUCAUGUAUAUAGCACCCUCUGCUAUUCACUCUCAGCUUCUCUCUAAGGUCUUUGCUCUGCUCUACACUGUGGUCACCCCCAUCUUUAAUCCUGUGAUCUACACCCUAAGGAACAAAGAAGUCCAUCAAGCUCUCAAGAAGCUGCUUUGCAAUAAACAACAAGGCAAUUCAGCCUGA